GGUGCUUAAAUUCUCCUAUUCUUGGUUCUCGAAAGGCCACUGCAGCGACGGUAGAGGAAUGGGGAUUGAAAUCGUGGAGCCUAACACAUGCUUCAGGGGUUGCUGUACCAGCGAUUCUAUUCCUCUGCAUCUCCCUCCUUCCUCUUACGCUAUACUCUCACCCAUUGCACGAGGGGCAGAAAGUAUUGUAUAUGAAGGGAAUUUGGAUGGCAAGAAGGUUGCUGUGAAGAAACCCAUCUUAUCAAUUUCAGAGGACAUUGAUAAGUUUCAUAAAGAAUUGCAACUGCUGUGCACGCUAGAUCACCCGGGAAUAGCGACAUUAAUUGCAGCCCAUGCAAAACCACCUAAUUACCUGUUUUUCUUCGAAUUCUAUGAAUCUUUGAAUCUUGCCCAGAAGUUACAUGUGGAAGAAUGGACCCCAACUAUCAAUCAUGCACUCGUAUUAACAAUGCAACUAGCAAAGGCGUUGCAAUACCUGCAUAAUCUCGGGGUUCUACAUAGAGAUAUAAAACCAGCGAAUAUCCUUCUUGACAAAAGUCUUUGUCCACACCUCACAGAUUUUGGUUUAGCAGAAUACAAGAAUAAUCUUAAGGGAGUUUCUCUAGAGAACUGGAAGUCUUCUGGAAAACCCACGGGUGGUUUUCACAAAAGAAACAUGGUUGGCACACUAAUUUAUAUGGCACCUGAAAUAUUAAGAAAGGAGUUACAUACAGAAAAAUCAGAUGUAUACAGUUUUGGUGUAUCAAUCAAUGAACUCCUAACUGGUGUUGUGCCGUAUACUGAUCUUCGAGCAGAAGCACAGGCUCACACAGUGCUUGAGAUGAACUAUACUGAGCAGCAACUGACUGCAGCUGUUAAUGAUGGAUUACGGCCAUCCCUUGCUACUGAGGAAUUGGGUAUACCAGCAAGAUUAUUAUCAAUGAUACAGAAGUGCUGGGAUGCAAAUCCUGAAAGCAGACCUUCCUUUGAUGAUCUUGUUGAGGAACUUGAUCUCAUUUUGGAAGAUAGGAAGAUAAAGAAGGCUGAAGAUAUGCAUAUUAGACCUUGUCAGUUUCAUGCUGAUCAACUUGUAGACAAGGCCAAUCCUCAGGUUUAUCAGGAGUGUUUCAACUGGUCCACUCAAGGCGAAAUUUCGGCUCAGCAUGCCUCUAUUGCAACAGAUUUUGGUUUGAGAACCUUGAAUGAAUCUUAUGAUGAACGCAUGGUAUACCAACCAAUACUUUCUUGGGGUUCUUAUGCUACAUGUGGAAGAAGGGAGACGAUGGAGGACACACAUUUCAUUCUGCCCCAUAUUUGCAAUGUAAAGGAUCUCUAUGCUUUUGGUAUCUUUGAUGGCCAUAGAGGUGCUGCAGCAGCCGAGUUUUCCUCUAGAGCUGUACCAUCAUUUUUGCGAUCUUUAGUUUUUAUGGGCAGUCCUGCUAAUGCACUAGCUGAAGCGUUUCUUAGGACAGAUUCUGCCUUUAGAAAAGAACUUGAUAGCUAUCGCAAAUCCAACAGAUGUGUUCAGAAGGACUGGCAUCCUGGUUGUACAGCAAUUACUGCACUUGUAGUCAGGAACAAAUUAUUUGUUUCCAACAUAGGUGAUUGUAGGGCAAUAUUAUGUCGUGCUGGUAAUCCCAUUGCUCUAAGUAAGGAUCAUGUUGCAAGCUGUCUGCAAGAGCGAGAGCGUGUUAUUCGUCAUGGUGGCCAUGUUCAUUGGCAAGUUGAUACAUGGAGGGUUGGUCCUCCUGCGCUUCAGGUUACUCGUUCUAUUGGUGAUGAUGAUCUGAAGCCUGCUGUGACUGCAGAACCCGAGAUAACUGAGAGCAUCUUAUCUGUAGAGGAUGAGUUUCUGGUCAUGGCUAGUGAUGGGCUAUGGGAUGUUUUGAGCGGUGAGGAAGUAAUAAAAAUAAUAAAAGACACUGUAAAAGAGCCUGGAAUGUGUUCUAAGAGGUUGGCUACUGAAGCAGUUGAACGUGGCAGCAGAGAUAACAUUACUGUCAUUGUCGUAUUUUUACGACCUGUAACUACAGCAGAAAGAAUUUAUUAGCAUGCCUUCCUUUUGCAUGUUUGUUGAGACUAGUCAUGGUUGGCAUGUAAGUUAUACCAAUUUAUUGAAUAAAUACAAAUCUAUUGUAGUGUUAUUGUUUCGUAUGAUUGAUUCUGUUUAUUUAUUCUAAUUUUUAUUUUUAUUUAAAUAAAUAAAAAAUAAAUUAG